UUUGUUCUCGGUCUUCAAAUAACCCUAGAACAGAACAGAACAGAACCUUCAAAUUGUAAUUUAUUCAUCAUCAAUGGCACCUCUUGAUCCUCACUCUUUCACAGACUCCGACCACCCACUCACCACCCACAUCUCACUCUCUCUCUACUUCGAUUUCCCAUCUUCAAUCAUCCAUGGCUCUGCCCUGCUCUCUCUACCCACCCCUCACUCAGGUCCCAUCUUCCUCGAUACCCGAUCACUCUCCAUCACAUCCGUAAUCGACCACGACACCAAAUCACCUCUUCCCUUUUCUCUAUCCACCGACAUUGAUCACAUCAAGGGCCAAAACCUCACCGUUACACUCUCAAAUCACACCAAAUUCCUCAUUAUUUUCACCACCACCCCAGAAAGCUCCGCCCUUCAAUGGCUUUCUCCGCCUCAGACGUUCAACAAGUCUCACCCUUUCGUCUAUACCCAGUGUCAAUCCAUUCACGCCCGAUCUGUCUUCCCCUGCCAGGACACUCCUGCAGCGAGGAUCCGCUACUCCGCCCGUCUCAACUUCCCUUCCCAGCUAUCGUCUGUCAUGUCCGCGCGCCACCAUGGAAGACGUUCUCCUGCAGCCGGAGACGUUGCUAUGGCUUGUGAAGAUUCUGUCUGGUGUGCGGAGGGGAGAGUUGUUGAGGAAUUCGAAAUGGAACAGCCGAUUCCACCUUACCUGUUCGCCUUUGCCGUUGGGGAAAUUGGGUUUAGAGAAGUGGGUCCCCGGACUAGGGUCUAUGCUGAGGCAGCGCCGACGGUGUUGGAUUCUGCGGCUAGAGAAUUUGCGGGUACGGAAGAAAUGAUCAAGGUUGGUGAGAGAUUGUUCGGGAAGUAUGAUUGGGAAAGAUUCGAUUUGUUAGUGUUGCCUCCUAGUUUUCCUUAUGGAGGAAUGGAGAAUCCUAGGAUGACAUUCUUGACGCCGACUGUGAUUAAGGGAGACGAAACUGGUGCCCAGGUUGUUGCUCAUGAAUUGGCUCAUAGCUGGACUGGCAAUUUGAUCACUAACAAAACUAAUGACCAUUUUUGGUUGAAUGAGGGAUUUACAACAUAUGCUGAGAGGAGAAUAGUUGAAGAAGUACAAGGAAAAGAUACAGCUGCAUUGAAUAUUGGAAUUGGUUGGAGAGGUUUGGUGGAAGAAAUGGUAAGGUUUAAAGACAACAUGGAGUUCACAAAGCUUAAAACUAAUCAGGAAGGAGUUGAUCCAGAUGAUGUUUAUUCUCAAGUUCCAUAUGAGAAAGGUUUCCAAUUCAUAUGGCGCAUUGAGAGAGAGGUUGGAAGGGCUGCAUUUGAUGAGUUCCUGAAGAAAUACAUAGCGACAUUCAAGUUCCAAUCGAUUGACACGGAUAUGUUUCUUAAAUUUUUAAUUGAGAAUAUUCCUGGUAUAGAGACUAAAAUCGAUUUGAAGUUGUGGACUGAAGGAACAGGAAUUCCUGCGGAUGCAAUGGAGCCAGUUUCGAACAUAUAUUCCAGCAUUGUUUCGCUUUCAAACGAGUUCAAGCUGGGGCGAAUGCCACGAGAGGAUGAAGUGGCCAAUUGGCGAGGGCAGGAGUGGGAGCUUUACUUGGAGAACCUUCCAAAAACUGUUGAGGCUUCUCAGGUAUCUGCAUUGGAUGCACGUUAUAGCCUAUCGGAAUCGAAAGACUAUGAGGUGAAAGUGGCGUUUCUGCAACUGGCUGUUUCAUCUAGGUGUAGGGAUUACUAUACCGAGGUUGAGAAAACACUUAAAGAUGUGGGGAGAAUGAAGUAUCUUCGUCCGUUGUAUUCUUCACUUGUGCAAGGAGUUGGAAAUGAAGAGGAUAAAACUUUCGCGAAAAGGGUUUUCUUGGAGACUCGCGACUGUUAUCAUCCUAUAGCUCAAGGCGUUGUCGAGUCGAUUUUGUCCAAGCAUGUCUAACUUUUCUCUGCUUCUUGUUUAAGUAUAAGCCUAGGUUGUUGGCUGAUCUCAAUAAAGAAUUUCCCAACUUUUGUAACUUGUUUUGGUCAAACUUAUCUAUGUUCAUCCUGCUCCUACUUGACUGAA